UGGUUCACAGACUUUGAUUAAGUACAAAAUUACAGCGAUGGCCUACGUUGAGUUGUAUAGGAUACACUAACUUGUAACCUGGAACACCUCGUGCCUCUGGGAGGCCUAUAGCAUGCUCCGUUCUAGUGUAAAUAGCCUAUUGGUGUGUAGAAGUGCCCUGAGAAUGAAGUACUAGGAAAAAAAGGGUACGAAAGAAAGAAAAAAAAAAAAAACUUUUAGAGAAAGUCCUUACUUUCUUUCAAAUACCAAUCAAUUGACCUCAAAGAUGGGAUUCAUAAAGUCACUUACCAGAGUCACGACUCCCUUGGUGGCCUUUGGACUAGGUUUUGCCUUUUAUCCCAAAGAUUUCAGGAAGGGGAACCUUGCUGAUCGCAAGCUUACUCACAUUAACCAGUCAGUAUUGGAACAGAUUGAAAAAUCCAAAGAAUAUCAAGCAUUAUUGACCGAAGGCAAUAGUAAACAGUACUACGGGAGCCAUGCCUUUCCAGAACAACACAUGAAGAACUAUGUUGGAUCUGGGUUACUCUUUGGACCCAAUCUAUUUGAGAUAGAUCCAAUAUUAUUCUUGAAUGAGGAAAAAGGAACUUUGACCGGGUUCUAUCAUUUAGGAGACCAAUUGAUUAGUCAAGAUGGCGAAAUCCAUAAUGGAGUGGUAUCAACCAUAUUGGAUGAAGGAUUAUGUUCAUGUGGGUUUCCUCAAUUACCUUCAAAGAAGGGGGUCACUGCAAAACUUUCGAUUAAUUUCCAAAAUCAGGCGCCUCCUAACAGCACAGUGGUCUUGAAAGCUCAUAUUUCCGAAUCAAAGGGCAGAAAAGUGGUUAUUGAUGGAACGUUGGAAACCUUACCAUUGAGGGAAGGCGACAAGCCACUAGUAAUUGCUGAUUCCAAAUGUAUAUUGGUUGAACCAAAAUGGUUCAAGUACUUCUCUUGGGCUCAGGUCUUUUAGAUUCUAUUUCUGUAUAGUGUAACUAAUGAUUAAAUGACUUAACUGUCUCAGUUGACAUCAUCGGUCGAAAUUGACAUCAUAAUAGCAAUCCGUGCCGUUCCCACACCUACGUACGUUGACUUACCUUGAGCACCGUCAUCUCUGACGCUACUCGAACCACGCUUUGUGAUCAAGUAGUGACAGCACGCUUUGUGAUUAAGUAGUGACAGCACUCUUUGCGGUUAAGUAGUGACAGCACUCUUUGCGGUUAAGUAUUAACAGCAAGGUACGGGGUUCCUUU